AUGAGUCAUGAAAUUCGAACCCCACUUAAUUCAAUUAUUGGUCUUAGUCAAGUACUACUAAAGAAAUCUACGCUAUCUUCUUCAGAUAUAUCUCAACAUCAUUUAGAAAGUAUCCAUGCUAGUGGGAAGAAUCUGAUGAAACUAUUAAAUAAUAUUUUAGAUUUGUCUAAGAUUGAAGCAGGGCAUAUGGAGCUGGUACAGGUGAAUUUUCAGCUUGAAGAGUGGUUGCAAAGUCUGAGUGCUAUCUAUGGUGCUUCUGCUGAAGUCAAAGGUCUUAUUUUUACGCAAUUUAUUUCUCCUAAUGUUCCUCAGCGUAUUUAUACAGACAGAGAAAAGCUAGGUCAAGUUUUAUUGAAUUUAUUAGAUAAUGCAAUUAAAUUUACUCCUAGGGGUAAGAAAAUUCGUUUAGAGGUUGACUAUCAGGAAGAAUUGUUGGCUUUUCAUAUUAUUGAUGAAGGUAUUGGUAUUUCUGAGAUAGAUCAAAAAAAGAUUUUUGAAAAAUUUGAACAGUUAGAUGGGUCUCCAGGUCGUCUCUAUCCUGGCGUUGGUUUGGGGUUAGCAAUUAGUAAACAAAUUGUUCAUUUAUUAGGCGGCUCAUUAGACGUAAACAGCACACCUGGAAAAGGUUCUAUUUUUUCUGUCAAGAUACCGUUAGCUAAUGUCCAAAUUGAUCAUAAGCAAAAUCGACUUUUCAAGAUGCCAAAUCAAUUAGAUAGUUUUUCAGAAGAUGCUGUUGUUCUUGUUGUAGAGGAUAAUCCUACUAAUCAGGAAACAUUUGUUGCGUUGUUUUCUGCAUUAGGCGUUUCUAUCCAUCUUGCUAGCAAUGGGCAAGAGAGUAUCGAGCAGGCAAAAAAACUAACGCCAGAUUUAAUUUUUAUGGAUCUUCAUAUGCCAGGUAUGUCUGGUAUCGAAGCAAUGCAGGAAAUUCGUAAGCAAGAAAGUUGUCAACAAAUACCUAUUAUUAUUCUUUCUGCCGACGCUUUUCUUGAAAAACAGGAGAAUGCGUUAGCUAAAGGUGCAUCAGGUUAUCUAACAAAGCCGGUUGAAUUGCUAAAAUUACAGGCUACUCUUGCAACAUAUUUGCAAUCAGGUACAAGCUAG